AUGAAAAGAGUGUCCGCAAAAUUAGUGCCAAAAUUGUUAACCGAGGAGCAAAUGGAACAUCGCAUUGAAGUGUGUUUGGAUUUAAAAAAUCGGGUUUCUAAUGACCCAAGUUUUAUCAAAUCAAUAAUUACGGGCGAUGAAACAUGGGUGUAUGGAUAUGAUCCCGAAACCAAGGUCCAAUCAUCGCAAUGGAAGACCGCAAGUUCACCUCGUCCAAAAAAAUGUCGUCAGGUCCGGUCAAACAUCAAAGCAAUGCUCAUAGUUUUUUUUGAUUUUUCUGGUUUAGUUCAUUAUGAGUUUGCACCUACAGGUCAGACAAUAAAUCAAGUGUUCUAUAAACAAGUAUUAGAAAGAUUAAGAGAGAAAGUACGCCGUAAAAGACCAGAAGCGUGGAAAUCAAAGUCGUGGUUUUUGCACCACGACAAUGCACCGGCGCAUUCUGCACUUUCCGUAUGUGAAUUUUUGACAUCUAAAAAUAUACCAGUGGUACCUCAUCCACCAUAUUCACCCGACUUAGCUCCCUGUGAUUUUUUUUUGUUUCCAAGACUAAAAAGUACCCUCAAAGGCCACAGAUUUGAAGACGUUAACGAAACUAUUCAUAACGCGAAACAAGAGCUAAAGGCUAUACCUAUAGAGGAAAUUCAAAGGUGUUUCAGAAAGUGGCAAGACCGUUGGGCGCAUUGUAUUGAUGCUAAAGGACACUAUUUUGAAGGUGAUCCAUUUAAAUAA